UAGAACAAACAAAUGAACCUCAAAUAUUGAGAAUCAACCAACACAAACGUUAGUGAGUUGUAAAUACUAAUGAUGCUUGUUAGCCAUAUCCAAGCUCCUUUUGGAGCCAUGUUUGCAAACUGUUCCAUCCCAUCUUCAACCAAAUUCAUCACUUCAAACUCUCCACAAAGUUUCACUAGAAGAAGCUCCAUUAGAACAUUGAAUCUUAUACUAGCCAAAGCUGUAAGAAACGCAGACUCAACUUCACCCUCAAAGCCCUCUUCCAAUGAUCAAACUGUUUUUGUUGGCGAUAAGGAUGUUCCAUUGGAGGGUGUCAUUCAGUUCGACAAACCCAACUCAUCUGCUCGUAUUGAAAAAUGGGGGCGUGUAGCUUUGUUUGCUGGUGGAGAUGUGUUGGCUUUGCUUUUGUUUUCAACUAUUGGAAGAUAUAGUCAUGGACUCUCUAUUUUUGACUUUGAAACUCUGCAUACUGCUGAUCCUUUUAUAGCUGGGUGGUUUUUAGGUGCUUACUUCCUUGGAGGUUUUAGUGAAGAUGGGCGUGGGAUGAAUGGUCUACCCAAAGGUCUCAUUGCUACUGCUAAAUCAUGGGCUGUUGGGAUCCCUAUAGGAAUAGCAAUAAGGGCAAUAAAAUCAGGCCAUUUGCCUAACUAUGGUUUUGUACUUGUGAGUCUCGGAAGCACCGCUGUUCUACUCAUCGCAGUCCGGGCAUUACUAUACGCCAUUACUCCCUUCGACAAUAGUAAGAAGAACGAUGUCUAUCGCAACGGAAAUCCCUUCGAACUUUUUGAGCUUCUCACAUCAUUAGUACGGCGGUGGUAACCGUUAUUCGGUUACAUGUUCAUGGUGCUGUAAUGUAUAUGCAUCGAGAUAUCGGUUUCCAUGACAAAAUCUCUAUGUUACCACUCCAUUCAAAUGAAACAAGUAGAAGCAUUAUACAUAUGUUUGUUGUAAUUGAAUUUCAAUCAUUGGUUGUUACAUAAUUUACAAAUUUGAUUAGUU